AUUAUUUUGAUAGCUUAGAUAUGGUUGGUACGUAAUAGAAAGAUUUUCCCCCUCUAACCAUUAAUUUAGUACGUAACUAAGUCAAAUCAUUAUAAGUGCAAUUGUGCAAAUUAUGCUGUAAUAUCAACAACCUAAUUCUGUUAUCCGUUGAGACACGGCGCGAAAACCCAAAGCCCAAUUAGCGAAAGCCCAUUAUAUCCCCCUCAUAACCCGAUUACUAGGUUUGGGCCUAGCCCCGGUCAUUUUCACUCCCUUCUUUCGCCAAAGUUCACAUUUAGCACCUUAAAUUUUGUAGUUUAACACAUUCGCUCUCUGCAACUGCAACGCAGCUAAAACUUCCUUGGUGCCUUCCGUCGUCUGCCGGCGAUGCCCGUCCCCGAACAAUCCUUCCCUCCACCAAAACCCUAAACCCCUUCUUUUUCCCCGCCGCCGGCGAAAGAAAUGGCUAUCCCCACGAUUCUCACCCUCCUGAAAUCCCGAUCAAACCCUCUCCGAUCCAUCCCACCUUCCCUACACACCUUCACACCCUCCAAAUCAAUGUCCCAAUCCACCGCGAUUCCCAGGAAGCAGGUUCGUGUCCGCGACCACGGCUACGACAACUACAUGGAGGUCCAGAAGAAAACCCGGCGGGUCCUCAAAUUCCAGUCCCUGAUCCUCCCCCACCAUAACCAGACCAUCCCGGCCUCCCGCCUCGACGGCCUCGCCCGCCGCCUCGGAUUCAAACAGUACGAGGCCGGCGCGUUCAUCCUCAAAUUCCCCCACAUCUUCGAAGUCUACGAACACCCGGUCCAGCGGAUCCUCUUCUGCCGCCUGACCCGAAAGGCCCUCCUCCAGAUCCGGGAAGAGAAGGAAGCCCUCCUCGCCCAGAUCCCCGACGCCGUCGUCCGAUUGAGGAAGCUGCUGAUGAUGUCGGGCACCCGCCGCCUUCGAUUGGAGCACGUCCGGGUCGCCAGGUCAGAAUUCGGAUUGCCCGAUGAUUUCGAAUACUCUGUAGUUCGUAAGCACCCUGAGUAUUUCCGAUUGGUAGAUGCUAAAGAGACCAGGAACAAGUACAUUGAGAUUGUGGAGAGGGAUCCUAAAUUAGCUGUUUGUGCGAUAGAGAGGGUUAGGGAGAUGGAAUACAGAACUAGAGGUUUGGAUGCUGAGGAUUCGAGAUUCUCGUUUCUCAUUGAUUUCCCACCAGGGUUUAAGAUAGGGAAGUAUUACAGAAUUGCAGUGUGGAAGUGGCAGAGGGUGCCUUAUUGGUCCCCUUACGAGGACAUCUCGGGCUACGAUUUGAGGUCGAUCGAGGCUCAGAAGAGGAUGGAGAAGAGGGCGGUGGCCACGAUUCACGAAUUGGUGUCGUUGACGGUGGAAAAGAAGAUUACUUUGGAGAGGAUCGCGCAUUUCAGGAUGGCGAUGAAUCUGCCCAAGAGGUUGAAGGAGUUCUUGCUUCAGCACCAGGGGAUAUUCUAUAUCUCGACAAGAGGAAAUCAGGGGAAGCUUCACACUGUGUUUCUUAGGGAGGCAUAUAAGAGAGGGGAGUUGCUGGAACCGAAUGACUUGUAUUUGGCUAGGAGGAAGCUGGGAGAUCUGGUGUUGAUGAGCCCUAGGAAGGCUAGAGUUGAUAGGGAGUUGGUUAGUUAUAGGAGGGAUGGAGACGAGGAUGACAUAGAACGAGUUGGUAGAGUGUAUGCCGAAAAUGAGUUCAGAGGUGAGAGGUCUGAUGUGUUUGAUGGGGAGAAGGAAGGGGGUGAUUUGAUCACUGAUUUGAGUAGUGAUGAUGAUGACGGUGAUUAUACAGAUGGCGAAGGAGAUGAUCCAGAGGAUGCUUGUGCAACUGAGUAAGGCAUAUCAGUUUCCCGGAGAAAAAGCUAUACUUCAGAAGAAGCAAAUGCAGCCGUGAUUCGAGGACAUGUUGCGAGCUGCACAAAAGCGAAAUUCAAGCUGAGGAUCUCACUGGAAGGAUGUGCAUUGCUUAAUGGACUCAACAAGAACAAUCAGAUCAGUGCUUGCAAUUUGUCCUUCGUGGGAUUCUCAGGCGUCAAGUUCUGAUGCUAGGAAGUUCUGAGGCUCGAGUGUCGACAAUCAUCGAUGGAUGUUUCCCAGAGCUUAACAAUAAUGUGGUCCACAAGCUCGUCUGUACUCGAGCGAAACUGCAAUGCAAAAGAGGCCUGCUGACAGUGCUGCUGAUGAUAUGAGCUGGUUGUUGCUUGCCGAAAGUUUGGUACUUUUGCUUUAUAAACCCGAAAAAUGGUGCUCCCUGUCAUCCUAACGGAUUGUGCAGAGCCGAAUGCAUGCAAACCCCACGUUGAAGGUGAAAGAAGAGAGAGCAUAUGUCCUUCUGUCGGCGAGCAUGACAUUGAUUUGUUCCUUAAAAGAAGACCCACCUUCUAUCGUGAUGUAAAAGGUUUGUCAUUGAGUUAUGGUAGCUGCUGGUUUCUGUUUUGUCAACAACACAUGGCAGACAAGUUUUGAUGACUGAGAUUUUUAUUUCCAGGUCGAGUCCAAUUUGGUAGGUGGAUUUUUGGGCGCUCGCUUUGACGCCACGGAUUUAUCAUUGACAUGCUCUCUGCUCAUCGUCAUGUUUAGAGUUUAGACCGAGGAAAAUAUCUUGGGAAUGGGUUAUGAUUUUUUAAGUAAUCACGGCGGUAACCUCUUUAUAUACCAUUUGAUUAAAUUUUUUUUUCUUUU